AUUCACAGUCACUCACUUACUCACUACUAUUACAGCCAUCUCAUAAUUUUUCAGAUCUUUCGAGGCCUAACUCCACCCACACAGUACAUGCAUCUCACUCUCUACACACAUCACACUCAUUACACACAAAAAUGAUGCCCUACACGCGAACAGACAACCGGCAAAUCCAGCUUCAGCCAUCGCAUCACCAACGCAAAGCAGCGGCGACCGUCUCUCCUGAUCCGGCCUCUUCCGAGCGUUGUCGAUCGCGUUUGGCCUAUUCGGCUGGAUUCGGCGAACCUUUGCACCAAGAUUCGGCCCAACUCUACAGCGAUCUUCGUUCAACCCAACGAAAAGAACGCUCGCAGUCUAUCCCUAUCUACAAAGACGGCAAAAUGACACGCACCCCUUCCGAACUCCAGUUGUGCGAAGAGGAAGAACAUGCCGACUUUCGCGACUACGUCAUGUUCACUCGCAUCGUUGACGGCAUUGCGCGACAACAAGAAAAGCUCAAGGAUCACCGUGCCAAACGAGAGAACGAUCGUUCUCUGGCGCACGUGAUUGGUACGCGCAACGGAUCGCACGACCACGUCUUGUUACGGAACAACGACUACCGGAGUACCACUUACGGACGCGACGAGCCGUACCAACCAACCACACCCAAUCACUUGCCUAACAAAAAUCUUCAAUCGAUCAUUGAUCAUUCGCUAGAAGAAUUUCCGGGACUCAGCUUCGAUGACGAAGAGGUCUUCGUCCUCGAUUUGUAAGCUCCCACUCGACUUUUUACGCUGUUAGAACCUACACGACAUCUCCAUACGCUUUUACCAAUAAUGUUGAAACAAUUACGCCCUACCGCUAGAUGU